AUGCCUAGCGCGACGCCAGAUGGGCACGGCGUCCCCGCCGUUGCCUCGUGCGCUGCCUACCUCGACAAUGUCCUUGCCCGCGCCGACACAAUCAAGGACAAACCCUCCAUCGAACCGCCCCUGACCAAAUCCAAGUUAGGCGACGUGGCGGCCCAGCUAAGCGCCGUCUUUGACGAAGCGUUGGGCGGCCCCAGCGAUGAUGGCGCGGACCAGAGGCGGCUGAGGCAGUUUGCCAUGUUUGAGACGGCAGCGCGAGAUUUGUUCAGCCACUUAAUAGCUAGCACACCCAUUGAGUCACCCGAGUUCGUCCGUGUCUGGAACUUCCUCGACCUCCUUGCCAUCCUAUCCGACGAGGAACGAUGCGACCCCGCCCUCUUAUUUUGGCUCGUGGAGGAGCUACUCGACAGCCAGACCAUUUCCGGGUGCCGCAAGAUAUUCGACUUUCUCGAGUCUCGCCGCGAGCGCAUUACCGCCAAACACUUUAAGCAGAAGCAGCUUGUCAUAUUACAGUUUCCCCUCGGCGAUAAGAGCUCAGUCAACCUGCGCGGAGAAUACCACAUCGAGAAUGUAACUGUCUUUGACGAGGCGCCGCCUCCGGAAAAGGAAGGAGAAGAGGCAGCGGCUGAGGCGAUGGAUGUCGACGAUGGUACCGCUGCGGGCAAGGAGGCUGGGGAACAGAAGCAGGCCUCGCUCAAGGCGGUCACCCAGCCUAAGAAACUCUUUGACGAGACGUACUUUGCGCGGUUUCGGGGCGCGAUGGAGACCACCAUGACGGCAUUCCGGUCGAUCCAGGUGGAAAACGGCUCGCGUCCGGCCAAGACAGCUAGCUCGGAUGAUAGCGCAAAAACUCUCAAGAGGAAGAGGGAGGACGGCGAGACGGAUCUCGCGAAUGCCUUUAACCCAAAGUACCUCACAAGUCGGGAUCUCUUUGAGCUCGAGCGACCUCUCUUUCGACGGCACGUCCUCGUGCAGGCUCUUAUCGUCAUGGACUUUCUGCUUUCGCUUUCCGCCAAGGCCAAGGAGAAGUUGUCCACGGCGAGGGCACAUAAUAAAGCGGUCGAGUACCUUGACCAGAAGCUCAACGAAGACGACACAAAAUGGGCGACGGACAUGAAACGAUCUAUCGCAGAUUACCUUCGCCAGGGGUUCGAGGGACCCUACUUCUUCCGCAUGGUGGAAACAGUCCUGUCUCGUGACAAGAACUGGGUGCGCUGGAAGAUUGAAAACUGCCCACCUAUGGGCCUGCCGCCAGUCUCCGCCGAUCUCUUCUCCGAGGCCAAGCAGACGGUACAGCGGACGGCGACCAACAAACGUCUCCGGCCCAUCCCCAUGGGCUCCCUCAACCUCGGCUUCUUAUCUAGCGCCGAAAACCGCCCGGCUACAAAUGGCGACCACCGCGGGGAGUGGAAAGAGGGGAUGAGGGAACGGCGGCGGUGA